UGCUGCUGCAACUGGUGUUCCAUACCCUCGUCAAUCUAUGCACAACCCUACAAUAUCUUGCGGCCGAUAAGCUUAGAGCUGGGUCCUUGCGACUCUGUCAACAGCAGACGUGAAUUCGUUGCAUUCGGCACGGUGAGCUGAAGCCAUGGAUUGAGAACCAUCACUUCGUUCGGGUAAAGGAGUUCCAGUCUGCGAUUUGAUUAUCUGGACCUCGUCCACUGAAUUCGCUUCCACGCCUGCUUCCUGAUCGGGCUACCUUUGGCAGCUGCUGGUGACCCAGUUUCGACAAUCGUGUUUUUGGUGUUGUUUCUAGUGGUCGAGCUUGCUCGUGCGUCCAGUCUUGCAGAUGUGACCCGAAGGCUUGCUUUGGAUUGAUCCUUUCGAGAGUUGUUGGAUGAGAAUUAGGAUGGGAUCCAACGCUGCCGUGAUGGCGUCCGUGAGGAAUGCGGUUGGGGACGAGCUUUGCGUUGGGCUGCGCGUCGUUGAUUGCCGGCGUUUUCUCGUGACUCUUGUGUGUGUUGGGAUAGCGGUGGCUGGAGUUCGCUGCCAGAGUGCCGACAAACCCGCGCCGGCCCCGCAAGUCUCAACUUCUCCAGAGAGCAUACUAAACUUUCCAAUUUUUAAUCAAUUUGAAGCUGAUGCUUUGAACGCCAUAUUCAACAAAUGGACCCAGCGGACCCCUCAAUUGAAAACCAUUCUCAACUGGUCGCAUGACCGACACCCAUGUAAUAGUACCAUCGUGGAGUACUACAAUCCUGUGCGGUUCGAAGGGGCAUGGCGGGGAGUGUACUGCACCGCCUUUUUUCGACUGAGAAACACAACGGGUGAUUACUAUGAAGUAGCUGUGACAACCUUGAUGAUGUAUGGGAGCAACUCUCGCUGCGGUUGGGAAUACAACUCACAGUGUGACUUCGACGGCAUCAAUGGGGAGCUGCCUGCUGAGAUUAGUCAACUGAUUAACGUGCAAAAUAUAUGGAUGGACAAUCAUCCGGGUCUGACGGGAUCAGUGCCACCUGAGAUAUGGCACAUGCCGAAUCUCACCGCUGUAUCUUUGCAAAACAAUUCUCUGAAUGGCACACUGUUGUCAACGUCUUUCAACUCUUCCUCCAAACUGGAUGGAAUAUACUUGAUGAAAAACAAGCUCAGUGGGAGGCUUGAACUGGGAUCUCAAGGGUCUUUCUUCAGCACUUCUCUUAAGUAUCUAAAUCUGAGCGAAAAUCAAUUGACUGGACCCGUAGAUUUGGAAACGUUCGGCCCCAACAAUAAUCUCAAAUUGUUAGAUCUUAGCAAAAAUCAGUUUCAUGGGGCGUUCUCAACCGGUUGCUAUUUUGAUUUAAACAACUUAUUUUUGUCUAAUAACAAGUUCACUAGCAUCAAAUUUGCCAACUUUACCGGUAAAUGGGCACCUACUCAAUCGAGAAAACAAGCCAUUGUAUACAUGCCUUCAUUACUAAACUUAUUCUUAAGCAACAACAAAUUGAGUGGACCAUUUCCAACAGAUGUUCUACACAUGCAUGGCUUGGAAUACUUGGAUCUUAGUGGAAACCAAUUCUUUGGUACAAUAGACUUGAAGAAUAUGGAUAAGCAAUGGAUUGCAAAUAUGAAAUCAUUGGACUUGAGCAGGAAUAAUUUCUCCGGAUCACUAGAUUUUCAAAGUGUAAAUGUGGCAAUGCGCUUAAGAGAUAUAAAUUUUGAAAAUAACAAAUUGAGUGGAGAAUUUCCAGCUCAAAUUCUUAAAUCAUCAACUCUAGAAAUUUUAUAUGGCAGCCAAAAUCUUUUUACUAAAGUUAAGUUUCCAAACAUUCAAAUUAAUAAUUCCAAGUUGUCAUUGUUAAUGUUGAUUGACAAUAAAUUGGAUGAAGUUCAAUUUCCAAGAAAUCCAAGCCAGUUUUCUAUCUCUUAUCUUGAAGUCUCAAAUCUUUUAUUCCUUGGUCACAAUCCAAUGUGCUCAAAAGUAACAAAUAAGCUUCUAGCUUCUAUUUGUCGGCUAAAUCAAACGUCUCCUGUACUUGAUGUUGUAACAAGUUCCAAGACAAAGAUUAUUAUUAUAGCAUCAACUACAACAAGUGCGUUUUUACUUUUGAUAUUUCUUUUGUACAUAUGGAGAUUGAUAAUAAGAAUCAAAUCUCUCAACUGCAUUUUACAAGAAUUUGAAAAGAAGGAAAUAGCACCCAAUUUAUAUUCUUAUAAGCAGAUAAAAGGAUCAACAAAUAAUUUUGAUUCAAAAAACAUUCUUGGGCAAGGUGGCUUUGGUACAGUCUACAAGGGAAAACUUGCUGAUGGUACAAUAAUAGCUGUGAAGAAAUUAACAAUGUCAUCAAGUAAAGUGCUUUCAGAUUUUUUAAAUGAAGUUGUGGUAAUUUCGGGCUUGAAACAUCGAAACCUCGUAAAGUUGAAAGGAUGGUGCCUUGGAGAUAGUGAUCAAUGUAUAUUAGUAUUUGAGUGCAUCACAAAUAAAAAUCUUGUAGAAGCAAUUUCAAUGGAAGGGAAUUUGAUUGAAUCACCAUAUUUAUAUUGGGCGACACGAUUCAAAAUUAUUGUUGGAGUUGCACAAGGCCUUGCAUAUCUUCAUGAAGGUUUACAAUCACCAAUCAUUCAUCGAGACAUUAAAGCAAGCAAUGUCCUUUUAACUGAUGACUUUGAACCCAAAAUUGCUGAUUUUGGUUUGGCAUAUUUUUUUCCAACUCUUAAUGAUCAAGAAACUCACUUGACUUUGAUGGAAGUUGCUGGAACAAGAGGAUAUUGGUCUCCAAAAUACGCAAUUCAUGGCCACAUAUCAACAGCUCUUGAUGUUUUUAGUUUUGGAAUUGUAAUCUUAGAGAUCAUAAGCGGAAGGAAAAAUGUUGAUAAUCAAAAAUCAAGUGAAGAAGUUUAUUUGCGAGAUUGGGCUUGGAAACAAUUUGAAAUACAAGAAUUGACAACAAUAAUUGACAUCAAGAUGAAAUAUUCAUCUACAGAUUUAGAAGAUAUCAUGCGUGUUUUAAAUGUGGCAAUAGCAUGUGUACAUUACAAGGCUGGAAAUCGUCCUAAAAUGCAUAAUGUAGUACAAAUGCUUUUAGGAAACAUGCACAUUAGUGAUCUUACAACAACAUUUGAAAAUGGAGAAAUACAUAAAAAUAGUAGUAGAAUAUUAAAUUCAUCAAAAAGUAGUAAAAUAUUAAAUUUAAGAACUUUAUCGAAAAAGAAAUUGAAUACUAAAGAAAGUGAAUCAAGUCUUUUCAGUAGUAGUUUUAAUCUUGAUAUAGAAAAAAUAGCUUAAUAAUUUAGGUAUGUAUGUAUAUGUAUAUAUAUAAUUUAUAAAUAAAACUGAUUUUGCAUUUUUAUUUA